AUGGUGAAUGCAAGCAUUCGCCCCGUAUUCUGCAUCAUCGCGACCCUGGGAACGCACAUUCCUUUCGACCUAGAUUCUAGCCUGCCUGAUACCAACACCGGGUCGUCCUCAGGUCCAUUUGACCAGCUUGGCAAUUGUUAUUGUUUCAACAUCUCGAUGCCGCCCAAACGCAAAGCACAGGACAUCGAUACGGCGCCGAAGCGCUGUGGGAAGAAGUCAAGGGCAACAAUCAAGAAAGACGAAGCAGUUGUCCUCCCUGUACCGGUACUGUACCGCCGGUACUUUUGCACAGCACAAUCGCAGGCCGCCGGCAUUAGGUAUCGGUAA